AUAUUAUCAUACCUAUAUAUAUGGGCACUCUCGAUGAAACGUUAAACGAAGAUCUUAUUUCAUACAUACUAAUACAAGUUAAAAAUCACUCUACUAUUAAUAACGAUAAAGGUCAUGGAUAUUUAGUGUCUGCAACCACUAAUCUGGGGCCAGCUUAUAUAGAGUCUCCUGAAACACGUAAUAUGACUUCGUGCAAACGUAAAAUUGCGGAAGUAUUAAAAGACUAUAAAACGGAUGCUAAAGAAACAAGAAAAGAAUUCAUCAAGAAGAUUAGACUUGAAAAUAAGGAAGAUUCAC